CCGGGGAGCCUGCUUUGCCUUUGGACUCGAGAUUCUAGAUUCAUUGGUCAUCAGAGAAAGCUAGAAAGUCAGGACUUCGAAUUCAAUAUUGACUCAAAAUCAUUCAGGACUUACUUUUGACUCAAGCUCGACGUCUUUUCGUACCAUUCACGUGAAUCAGCGACUCGGACAGCGUUGCCUUUGCAUCUUGCUUGAGUCAAUCGCGGCACCAUGACGAAGCUGAAUGCGCCAGACUACUCGCUCUACCUCGUCACCUCCCGCGAGCUGCUGCCUCCUGGUGUUGACUUUUACGACUCACUUCGCGCAUCACUCAAAGGCGGAGUGACUCUGGUACAGAUCCGAGAGAAGCAUGCGGAUAACGGCGAGUUGUUGGAGAUUGCCGAAAAGAGUUUGAAGAUAUGUGACGAGUUUAAUGUGCCGAUGCUCAUCAACGACAAUUUGGCAGUGGCGCUCGCAUUGCCAGAGCGAGUAGGUCUCCACAUUGGUCAGGAAGAUUUUCCAGUCGCGAAAGCUCGAGCUCUGCUGGGCCCUAAGCGAUUGCUGGGAAUCUCGGUGCACACAGUCGAGCAGGCCGCAGCUGCCCGAACCAGCGGGGCAAAUUACGCGGGUGUGGGUGCGGUGUACGGAACUCUAUCCAAGGCAAAUGUAACAGAGGACAAGGUUCUUGGGCCUAGGAGAACUGCGCACGUCAUCGAAGCUUUGCAAGGCUUUCCCAGCGUGCUCAUUGGCGGCAUCAAUCAAAGGACCGCUGCCAGAGCCUUGUUUGGUGCUGCUGGACCCGAACAUGCUCCGGCCGGCAUCGCGGUGAUCAGCGCAAUCGUCGCUCGCCAAGACGCGCAAGAAGCGGCACGGGAGCUCAAAUCUAUGGUGAAUGCCUUCUUGAGCGCAAGAAGCUCGGCGCAGAAGCCCAUCGCGUCGGCUUUCGGUCUCGGUGCAUCGCGCUCACAGCUCAAGGUCGAGAGCUUGGUAUCGCGGUCGGGAGAGUUUCUGCGCGCACUCAGAGAAGGUUCACCGCCUCUCAUCCAGACAUUGACAUCGCACGUCUCGUCCACUUUGAGCGCCAACGUGACGCUCGCUCUGAGCGCAAGCCCCAUCAUGUCCCAUCAGGAUGCCGAGGCUGACGAUUUGGGCAACGUGACGGGUGCUGUGGUGCUCAACAUUGGCACGAUCGGUGAAGAGGCGAGGAGAGGCAUGCGAGCUGUUGGAUCUGCGGCGAAUAGAGGCGGCAAGCCGGUUGUUCUGGAUCCUGUGGGCGUCGGAGCUUCAGCGUUCCGCAGGCAAGCCGUCAACGAAAUCAUGGACCACACCCAAAUCACGCUUCUGAAGGGCAACGCUGCCGAACUAGGUGCCAUUGCCGGUUUGACAGAGGUUCAGUCCCGCGGAGUGGACAGCGGCUCAGGUACGUUGCGCGAUGCUCGAGGUCUGGUGCUCAGUCUCGCAAGGCGAGAAAGAUGUUUGGUCUUGUUGACUGGAAAGACGGAUUAUUUGAGCGAUGGAGAGGUGGUGAUUACUUGCUCCAAUGGGCACGCCCUGCUGGGCGCAAUUACUGGCUCAGGGUGCGCUUUGGGAGUCGCGGUCGCUACGGGACUCGCGGCUGCUUGCUUGGCGAGCCAGGGUAGCGAGGUGAAGGGAGCCGGAUCUUCCAUCGUCAAGGCGCAACCUGAUGACCUUUUGGCUGGCGCUCUUUUUGGCAUUCUGAGCAUGACGAUUGCGUCGGAGUUGGCCGCUGCUCGACCAGAGGUCAGAGGCCCCGGAACAUUCAUCGCAGCCCUUUUGGACGAGUUGAGCCUGAUGACGCCAGAAACAUUUGCCCAAAGGGCCAAGGUGGCACUCGAAUAGACACACACACAUCGCAUUCGUGCAAUUCCAAAAAGGCGCCGGUGACAUUGUCUAAUCUCGUGUAUGAUGGUGAACAACAUCUAGAGUACAA